UCCUCUUUCCCCGGAUAUACAGCGAAGAGAAAUAGGAGCUGAGUUUGAAACUCAAAAAGCUAUAAAAAUGGGUCAGCUCGCUCUUCAGAGACUCCCGCCGUUAGCUUCGCUUCCUAGACGCCCUCCUUCUCUUCCCCCACCGUCUUCUGCUCCUCCGUCUCUCCCUUCCGCUACCUCUCGCCGCCCUCGAUUCUACGUCGCCAGAGCAAUGUCAUCUCACAUUGUUGGUUAUCCCCGAAUUGGGCCGAAGAGAGAGCUUAAGUUUGCAUUGGAAUCUUUCUGGGAUGGGAAAACCAGUGUUGAUGAUUUGCAAAACGUUGCUGCCAACCUGAGAAAAUCCAUUUGGAGACAUAUGGCUGAUGCAGGAAUCAAAUAUAUUCCCAGCAACACUUUUUCAUAUUAUGAUCAGAUGUUGGAUACCACAGCGAUGCUUGGUGCUGUUCCCUCUAGAUAUGGUUGGGAAGGUGGUGAGAUUGGGUUUGAUGUUUACUUCUCCAUGGCUCGGGGAAAUGCUUCUGCUCCUGCUAUGGAAAUGACCAAGUGGUUUGAUACCAACUACCAUUACAUUGUUCCUGAGUUGGGUCCUGAUGUUGAAUUCUCCUAUGCAUCUCACAAGGCUGUGGUUGAAUUUAAGGAGGCUAAAGCACUUGGCAUAGACACAGUUCCCGUGCUCAUUGGUCCCAUGACCUACUUACUCCUGUCAAAACCAGCAAAGGGUGUCGAAAAAUCAUUCUGUCUUCUUUCUCUGAUUGACAAGAUCCUUCCUGUCUACAAAGAAGUUUUGGCUGAUCUCAAAUCUGCUGGUGCUCGAUGGAUUCAGUUCGAUGAGCCUAUACUUGUGAUGGAUCUUGAUACCAGCCAAUUGCAGGCAUUUUGCGAUGCGUACUCUCACAUGGAGUCAUCUUUGGCGGGCUUGAAUGUUCUUAUUGCCACAUACUUUGCAGAUGUUCCUGCUGAAGCAUACAAGGCCUUGAUGUCUUUGAAAUGUGUAACUGGGUUUGGAUUUGAUCUCGUUCGUGGAUUGGAAACUCUUGAUUUGAUCAAAGAAAACUUUCCUCCUGGAAAACUACUAUUUGCUGGAGUUGUUGAUGGACGGAACAUAUGGGCGAAUGAUCUUUCUGCGUCACUCAAGACACUACAGACUCUUGAAGAUAUCGUUGGGAAAGAAAAAGUCGUGGUUUCUACUUCUUGCUCUCUACUCCAUACAGCUGUGGACUUGGCGAAUGAAAUUAAACUUGAUAAAGAACUAAAAUCGUGGCUUGCAUUUGCUGCACAAAAGGUCGUUGAAGUGAAUGCACUUGCCAAAUCAUUCUCUGGGGCUAAGGAUGAGGCAUUGUUUUCUUCUAACUCCAUGCGUCAAGCUUCUAGAAGAUCAUCUCCAAGGGUGACAAAUCCAUCUGUACAGCAGGAUGUUGCUGCACUAAAGAAAUCUGAUCACCGCCGUUCUACAAAAGUAAGUGCUAGGCUACAAGCUCAGCAGAAGAAGUUAAACCUUCCUGCUCUUCCAACAACUACAAUCGGAUCUUUUCCUCAGACCACGGAUCUCAGACGGAUACGCAGAGAAUUCAAGGCCAAAAAGAUAUCAGAAAUUGACUAUGUCCAGACUAUCAAAGAGGAAUAUGAAAAGGUUGUCAAGCUUCAGGAAGAUCUUGGGAUUGAUGUAUUGGUGCAUGGGGAGGCAGAGAGAAACGAUAUGGUGGAGUAUUUUAGUGAGCAACUGUCUGGCUUUGCUUUCACUUCAAAUGGGUGGGUCCAAUCAUAUGGGUCCCGCUGUGUUAAGCCACCUAUCAUCUAUGGUGAUGUCACCCGGCCAAAGGCAAUGACUGUUUUCUGGUCGUCAAUGGCACAGAAAAUGACCCAACGUCCUAUGAAAGGGAUGCUCACUGGCCCUGUUACAAUUCUCAAUUGGUCCUUUGUUAGAAAUGACCAACCAAGGAAUGAGACGUGUUUCCAAAUUGCACUUGCCAUCAAAGAUGAGGUUGAGGACCUUGAGAAGGCCGGUGUCACUGUUAUCCAAAUUGAUGAAGCUGCAUUAAGAGAGGGAUUGCCUCUCAGAAAUUCUGAGCAAAAGUUUUACCUUGACUGGGCCGUCCACGCAUUCAGAAUCACAAACUGCGGUGUACAAGACACUACUCAGAUCCACACCCACAUGUGCUACUCAAAUUUCAACGACAUUAUCCACUCAAUCAUUGAUAUGGAUGCUGAUGUGAUCACUGUUGAGAACUCGCGGUCAGAUGAGAAGCUCUUAUCAGUCUUCCAUGAAGGGGUGAAGUACAGUGCUGGAAUCGGUCCAGGGGUUUAUGACAUUCACUCUCCUCGUAUCCCAUCCGCUGAAGAAAUAGCCGAGCGUAUCAAAAAGAUGCUUGCUGUUCUGGACAGCAAAGUCCUUUGGGUGAACCCUGACUGUGGCCUAAAGACGCGGAAUUACACUGAAGUUAAAGCCGCACUUAGCAACAUGGUUGCCGCUGCUAAGCUAAUCCGCUCUGAGCUAAAUAAUUCAUAGACCUUCCUCAAGUAAGUUUGUUUCAUAAAGUUUGCUUAGGUUAUACAUAGAAUUUCUCUAUGGGUGCCUGGAAUGGACUUAGUAUAAUGCAUGCCAUCAAAUCUCAUCAAUUUUCAACUUUCAUCUUAUUCUGCACUUGUAGAUUUUUUAUUUCUAAAUCAUUUAGCAAUUCUCGUUGAGUACUUUUCUGAUUGUUUUCCACAAUUCUAGUAAAAAUGUCUGGCACCGGUAUUCAUUAUACUAAGGGUAAUUAAAAUCUGUUAAAUGAGUUUUUCUCAUUUCUCGUCACACAUUUGUACAGAUAUAUAGAGUGGAAUAGGCAAUUAUUAUUUAUC